AUGCGCUCGUCCAAUGUUCCCGGGGCCAUCUUGUCACUGUGGUUGGUGACCUCAGUCGUAGCAUCAGCCACCGUUCUUGGCCGAUCCGAUGAGUCGAACAAUUCAAGCACGCAGGAUCUCGAUAGGAAGCGGGCAGCGGAGAUCCGAGAUGCCUUCGAGUUCGCCAUGGAUGGGUAUUUCGAAUACGCAUUCCCCAACGACGAGCUGCGUCCCGUCAACAGCGCCGGCGACAGCAACCGGGUGUACGGCUGCGGAUGGGGACUCAGCGUGGUUGACGCCCUCGGCACAGCCAUCAUCAUGGAGCUUGACGACAUCGUGGACAAGUCCUUGGCCUUCAUAGACACCAUCGACUUCACCCGGACACCAACCAACAAUGCUUGCAGGCUUUUCGAGGUCAACAUCCGUUAUCUCGGUGGCCUGCUAUCCGCGCAUGAUUUGCUCGAUGGUCCAUUCUCCCAUCUUGACAAGAAUACCAGCAGGCUUCUUGAACAGGCCCAGUCUCUUGCAGAUACCUUCAAAUAUGCGUUCAAAACACCGACAGGCCUGCCUCGAAGGAACUUGUUUCUCAACAACCAGUCAUAUGAAGUGACCGAGGACAGCGACUUGACCAACCCCGCAGAGGCUGGGACUUUGAUUUUGGAAUGGACACGGCUCUCAGAUCUAACAGGGUUGUCCGAGUAUGAGGAUUUGGCAAGGAAAGCGGAGGCAUACCUCCUUCAGCCGCGCAACCCAAGCGUGGGUGAACCUUUGCCAGGGCUUAUUGGCAUCUCCGUCAGCGUCCUCAAUGGAACCUUUACCAGUAGUUUCGGGGGCUGGAUAGGAGCCUUGGACAGUUACUACGAGUAUCUGAUCAAGAUGUACUCCUAUGCGCCUGAUCGGUUCGAGUCAUACAAGCAGGAAUGGAUCAAAGCUGCCGAAUCCACCAUCACCUAUCUGAGCUCGAACCCAACAACGGCCCCAGAAGUAACUUGGUUGACGGAAUACAAUAUCACAGGAACCAAUGGCUCAAUGUAUCUCAUCCCACAGAGCCAGCACUUGACCUGCUUUUCAGGUGGUAACUUCAUCCUCGGCGGUGUUGCGCUGGAACAGCCAAGUUAUGUGGACUAUGGACUGGAGCUGGCCGAGGGGUGCCGGCAAAUCUACGUCGAGACCGCCACAAAAUUGGGUCCUAACGACUGGGCGUGGUUGGACUCCAGAAUCGACAACUCCACAGGCCAGGUGCGUCCGGUCCCCGAGGACCAGGCUGAUUUCUACGACCGCGCUGGGUUUUUCAUCACUGGCCAGACGUCGGCCAUCGGCGCAGAAGCGCUUGAGAGCUGGUACUAUGCCUACCUGGCCACAGAUGACCGGCUCUGGCUCGAUUACAUUUGGGACUACUUCGUCUCCAUACAGACGUACCUGAAAGUCGGAUCGGGGUACUCACCCAUCCUGGACGUCAACAAUGCCACAUUACCGCCCGAGAGUAUUCCUCAACCAGCCAACGCAACAGGCCUGCUGAAUCGUUAUGAGAACCUGCAGCCGAGCUUCUUCUUGGCUGAGACUCUGAAGUAUCAGUAUCUGGCACACCGGCCUGAUAUUGCUGUGGGAUUUACCAGUACUCCAGGAGCAAAUGGGCAAUCUUGGGUGUUCAAUACCGAGGCCCAUCCCAUCCGAACCACCGUUUGA